UUAUUCCCCCCCUUUUUUUUAAUUACGGUUUGGAAGAUGAAAUGCUUCUCGCGCUACCUGCCCUACAUCUUCAGGCCGCCGAGCGCCAUCCUCUCCUCCAGCUGCCACGCGGAAGCUGACAUCAUCUCUACAGUAGAAUUCAACCACACCGGAGAAUUACUAGCAACAGGGGACAAGGGGGGCCGUGUUGUAAUAUUUCAACGUGAGCAGGAGAGCAAAAACCAGCCCCAUCGCAGGGGAGAGUACAAUGUCUACAGCACCUUCCAGAGCCACGAGCCGGAGUUCGAUUACCUGAAGAGUUUGGAAAUAGAGGAGAAGAUCAAUAAGAUACGAUGGCUCCCACAGCAGAACGCAGCCUAUUUCCUGCUCUCCACGAACGAUAAGACUGUGAAGCUAUGGAAGGUCAGCGAGCGGGACAAGAGACCAGAGGGAUACAAUCUCAAGGAUGAGGACGGCCGUCUCCGAGACCCUUCCAUGAUCACCAUGCUACGGGUACCCGUGCUCCGGCCCAUGGACCUGAUGGUGGAGGCCACCCCCCGGAGGGUGUUUGCCAAUGCUCAUACGUACCACAUCAACUCCAUCUCCGUCAACAGUGACUACGAGACCUACAUGUCGGCGGAUGACCUGAGGAUAAAUCUGUGGAACUUUGAAAUCACAAAUCAAAGUUUUAACAUCGUGGACAUCAAGCCGGCCAACAUGGAGGAGCUGACGGAGGUGAUCACGGCCGCCGAGUUCCACCCGCACCACUGCAACACCUUUGUCUACAGCAGCAGCAAAGGCACCAUCCGGCUGUGUGACAUGCGCACCUCCGCCCUCUGCGACCGCCACGCCAAGUUUUUCGAAGAGCCUGAAGACCCAAGUAACCGGUCGUUUUUUUCCGAGAUCAUCUCCUCAAUCUCCGAUGUCAAAUUCAGCCACAGUGGGAGGUAUAUCAUGACCAGGGACUAUCUCACUGUCAAGGUGUGGGACCUGAACAUGGAGAACCGGCCCAUCGAGACCUACCAGGUUCACGACUACCUGCGGAGCAAGCUCUGCUCGCUCUACGAGAACGACUGCAUCUUCGACAAGUUCGAGUGUGUCUGGAACGGGUCCGACAGCGUCAUCAUGACUGGCUCCUACAACAACUUCUUCCGCAUGUUCGACCGCAAUACCAAGCGCGACGUGACGCUGGAGGCCUCGCGGGAGAACAGCAAACCCCGUGCUAUCCUCAAGCCCCGCAAGGUCUGCGUGGGUGGCAAGCGGAGGAAAGACGAAAUUAGCGUGGACAGUCUGGACUUUAGCAAAAAGAUCCUGCAUACAGCUUGGCACCCCUCCGAGAAUAUCAUUGCCGUGGCAGCGACAAAUAACCUGUAUAUAUUCCAGGACAAGGUUAACUAGGAGGACAAGUUGUUCUUUAGGAAUCUCAUGUACUGAAUACUAGUAAACGCAAGAUUUCAUGUUUCUUUUCUUUCUUUCUUUUUUUUUCCUUUUCCUUCCUAUUCCUUUGUUCAGUUAUUCCUCUGCAGAUAGCGGUUGUGCAGACGUGAGCACUCCUGCACCCCCGGCGCCGGGGGCAGCGGGGGGCACACCCAGCAGACAGCAGAUUUCUCUUUAUUUACACGUUGAGCUAAGACGUAAGGUGGGGUGACUGGGGCGGUGUUAGGCUUUCGUUAUCCCGGUGUCCCUGGGCGGCGCUGGGAUGGCUGUGGAUGUCUGCCGAUGUACGAGCGUGGUGAUGCCGUAG